ACUGUCGCGAGUACCAUCGAACAGAGAGUUGGUUGCUGCUAAGCAGUUUUGUGCGUUGAACGUUAUUCAAAAACCCAACUUGUUCUUAUUGUGACAAACAACAUCGAAUUAGUGUUCAGAAAUCUGCUUAAGUAAACCCCAUGCAGCUUCAGCAUAGUGAUUGUGACUGUGUGUGUGUUGUUGGCGUGCGCGACAGUGAAUCUAACGAAAUUACACAAGUGUAAAACGCGAAAAAUUCAACGACCCAAAACAAAUAUUGAUUUUUUCAUAGAAAGAAGGCCUCGCGAGCGUUUUUAUUCUUGUUGCUGCUGUUGUUGUGCGCGCUAGUAAACUACUUAUGCAUACAUAGUAAAGAACGAACGUACAAAAAGAAAAUAGGAAAAGAGAACUUUGCAAAGAAAAUUUCGAAAUAACAGCAGUAAAUUUCCACAAAGUUGUAAUUAUUAAAUUGUGCUGCCAACAACAGCAACAAAAAACCCCGAUCCACCCCGCCGAGCCAUUUGAAUUGAGUUACUGUUGCUGUUAUUGUUGUCGUUGCUGGAAGUUCGUCCAAUAGAAGAAAAACAGAAGCACAACGAGCGUCAGCGCACGCGAUUUGCAUGAACUUACUCACUCUCACACACACACCCACACACAGCAGCACACACCCGCACACUCGAAGAAUAAAUUAAAUACAAUUUGAAAGAAAACUAAGCAGGCUAAGUAUUUGCGUGAGUGUGAGAGUGAGAGUGACAGAUAGACACACUUACUUAAAAAGCGUAUGAAAGUCGAAAGAAAGCACACAUACAUAUAGUAAGAAAAAGAAGAACAAGAAAAAAAAAAACAAAAUGCCGCAAGCAGAGGGCGGCUAUGUAUCGCUGCCAGCUAUGAAUGGCAAUGGCAAUGGCAGCGCCAUCUAUCAAUCCACCACAGAACCACAGGCAGCUUCGCCCACCUCCGUGUUUGAGAGCGUUAAGCGUGCAAUUGGUCAGGCGAUCAAAUCAUCGCCCGGCGAUAGCGAAGAGCUGGUACGCAUGGAGCAGCGGCAGCCAGUCAUUGUUGGUGGUGGUGCCAGAGACCGUGACAAAACUGGUAAGACACUGAACACCAAGAUGCCAUCAGCACCAACACACACUGCCGAGGAGGCACAUCUGCUUGGCACCAUGCCCGUUGAUCCCAUGGAUGAUAUCGAACUGCGUUCGGUGCAGUUGCAAUUCCCCAAUGCACGCGGCUCCAUAUUGGAGGCAUGCGACCAGCGACGUGUGCCCACAGACAAGGGCGACAUACACGUUGCCAUACAGGGUGACACCUCAAAGCCGGCCAUAGUGACCUACCACGAUCUGGGACUCAACUAUGCCACCAGCUUUGCUGGCUUCUUCAACUAUCCAGUUAUGCGCGGACUGCUAGAAAACUUCUGUGUGUACCAUGUAACAGCACCGGGUCAGGAGGAGGGUGCACCUACAUUACCAGAGGACUAUGUGUACCCAACCAUGGAUGAGCUGGCCGCACAGUUGCUCUUUGUGCUGUCGCAUUUUGGACUCAAGUCGGUGAUUGGUUUUGGCGUUGGCGCUGGAGCCAAUAUCCUGGCACGUUUCGCCCAUGGGCAUCCGGAUAAGGUGGGCGCUCUUUGUCUGAUUAAUUGCGUGUCAACGCAAUCGGGCUGGAUUGAGUGGGGCUAUCAGAGUUUCAAUGCGCGCUUCUUGCGCACCAAGGGCAUGACACAGGGUGUCAUCGAUUACCUGAUGUGGCAUCACUUUGGCCGCAAUCCCGAGGAGCGCAAUCAUGAUCUGGUGCAGAUGUACAAGCAGCACUUUGAGCGUGGCGUCAAUCCCACUAAUCUGGCCAUGUUGAUCAAUGCGUACAUUCAUCGCAACGAUUUGCAUUUGGCACGCACACCACCUGGCACUCCAGGUGCUGAGACGGCAGCCACCACACUGAAAAUGCCAGUUAUUAACAUAACCGGUUCGUUGUCGCCCCAUGUCGAUGACACUGUGACAUUCAAUGGACGCUUGGAUCCAACAAACUCAUCGUGGAUGAAGAUCUCCGAUUGCGCCAUGGUGCUGGAGGAACAACCGGCCAAGUUGGCUGAAGCCUUUCGGCUGUUCUUGCAAGGCGAGGGCUAUGCAACGCCGCUGUCGACGCCUGCUAGCUCUCCAUGCGGUACCAAAUAUCACACAUACUCAUCGAUAUUCUUUGCCAACUUUCGGGAGGAACAACUGCAGGCUGCCCAGGAGCGCGAGCGAGACCGCCAGCGACAGUUGAGUAUGCGUGUCGGCAAUCGUCUGAGAGAGACGGCCAUCAAUUGCAGCAGCAGCAAUGGCGGCAGCGGCGACAACAAUGCAAAUGGCCCAACAAGCGAAGAGGAUCAGGAUGUAGAGAACGGCAAUGGGAAUGGCAAUCGGGCUUACGUCACUACUGAUACAUCCGGCACUCUCUACUAUGGCACACAAAGCAACAAGAUACGCAUCACUGAGAAUCCACUGCCCGAGCCGAUUAGCUCUUAGAUUGUUAAAAUUUCUACACAUUAGACACAUACACACCGUUAAACUUAGACACACAUACAUACAUACACAUUAAUACCAAAAACAAAAUAAGAUCGAAAGAGUCGAAACACAUACAUAUACAAAAACACUGUUAUUGUUGUUAUAAACUACGUAUAAAAUACCACAAAACAAAAAAGACACAGCAUCACAAGAAGCAGCAGCAGCGCAGCAGCAGCAGCCUCAGCCGCCAACUCAAGCAAAGCUUUAGCCGCCAGCAGCGGCAGCAGCAGCAGCAGCGACAGUGUGACCAGAGCAGAUUCGAACGCUGCCUGAAAGUAGACUUUAGCCGAGCCGUGCUCUAAGAGACAAAUUAACGAAAUUUAAAAACACAAAAACCAAAAAAAAAAACAAAAAAAACCAAACUAAAUGAUAUAAAUAAAUAAGCAAAGAAUUGAGAUAAACGAAAACACCGCUACCUAUACGAAAUAUGAACUUAUGUUUCUUAAACAAUAUACAAAUAAAUUAAAUAAUACUUAGUACUAAUUACUUGAAAACGCCGUUCGAUUUUGUCUAGUUUCUGUUUUUAUCAUAAUAAUGAUAACAAAAACAAAAAUUAAAUAAAAACCAAAAUAUUACAUAAAACCAAAAAAAUAAAAAAAAAACAAAUGAAAAUAAAUAUUGCAGAG